CAUCGACCAAAAAGACAACACCGUCUAGAACAAGAGGAUUAAUUAGCUAAGCCAGUCAUUCACCAUGGCACAUGCUAGGAACAACAUGCAAUUUCUGUGCUUGGCCGUAGCUCUUCUAGUCACGUUGGCCUCCUUGACCUGCAACGCCAAGGACACAGAUCCUAACACAUACAGUGAAUCUGUGUCGAAAUGCAAGAGACCGAUGGAUGAUUAUGGCAUGCGCAACUGCAACAAAGUAUAUUGUGCAAGGAACAACACGGAAACUAACAUAUACUGUCAAUCUAUGUGGGAAUGCAACAGACCAGUUCAUGAUUAUGACCAGCGCAAGUGCCGAAAAUUCUGCGUAAGCAUGGGCUACGACUACCUCAGGAGCUAUUGUGAGCACCACCCCUACCCGUACUGCUGUUGCCAUAAGUAAUCUCAAUUCGAUGACUUUGGGUGAUAUCAGGAUGAUGAUGCUUGUCAUGUGCUACUUACAAAAGCUGUAGCUGUUUGUGUGUGUGUGUGUUCAUCUCAUCCCAUUGUAAUAACCAAAGCAAUUCAUCAUGACUGUUCGUGGAAUAAACAUGAUUUCCCCGCAAAAAAGAAAGAAUAAAUAUGAGUAGUUUCUGUCACACCAACCGUGACUCAGUGCAGAACUUGAAAGAAGAAGAAAGCACGAGAAGUAGCCUGGGCUUGCUGGGCCGUGGACGACGGGAUGGCGACAGAAAAAAGCCCAGACCAAAGCCUAAAGUGUUGGCCCGUAUGUAAAUUGAGUGGAAGAGAGGGCAUCAGCCGAAGGGCGCGGGAGCUCCUAGACGACGCUUCAGGCGCCCCUUCGCCGAGGUGGAGCGCGCAGCCACACUCUUGGGCCCGAUCCAAACACACGCUCGCUGGCUCAGUCAGGUCGGUUCGGUUGUUGACUGGUCGUUGGGUUCGCUGCUGACUGGUCAAGCUUGACCGGUCAACCAUUGACUUUAAAAAAUUAAAACUUUUUUGGUAAAAAAA